AUGAUCACCAUCACACUGAAACUGCGUGCAGGCAGAAAUCCUAUAGAUGGUGACGCUCAACAUCUCUCAUAUCUGAGGAUUGUGUUGAUGGGUCACAGAGGAUCCGGUAAGAGUUCAUCAGGAAACACCAUCCUGGGCAGAGAGGAGUUUGACUUGAAGAGAUCUGCUCAGUGUGUGAGGAGACAUGGAGAAGUAGCAGACAGACACAUCACUGUCAUUGAAACUCCAGGAUGGUGGAGUAAUUACACUGUAGAGAAGAGUCCUGAGAGACUGAAACAGAAGAUUUUGUUCAGUGUGUCUCUGUGUCCUCCAGGACCACACGCUGUACUACUGAGCAUACGUGUGGAUGAUGGAUUUAAAGAGACUGAGAGAAAAGCAGUGCAGGGUCAUCUGGAUCUUCUCAGUGAGAGAGUCUGGAGUCACACUAUAGUUCUGUUCACUCGUGGAGACUCUCUGUUAGACACAUCUAUAGAGCAGCACAUUGAGAGUAAAGGACAGGAUCUACAGUGGCUGCUGGACAAAUGUGGGAACAGGUAUCAUGUUCUCAACAAUCUCAACAGGAGUGAUGACACUCAGAUCAAGGAGCUGCUGGAGAAGAUUGAGGAGACAGUGGCACAAAACAACGGCUGCCAUUUUGAAAUAGACAGAAAGACUUUACAGGAGGUGGAAGGUAGAAAGAAGGCAGAAGAGGGACUGGACAAAUGUAGAGAAGACAACAGAUCACAGACCAGUGAGUGA